CAGUACGUCCACUUGUACACUCCUGUUGCUCAUGUACCCCGCGUAUCUUAAUUUAUUGUACAUAUUUUUAAUGUGAUUUCUUGGGGAAUUCUUUCAUGUUUAUAUUAAAUGGUGAUAAAUAUUAAAUUGUGUUCAACGUGUUGAGUGAUUAGCUAAUGAAUGUGCAUAAAAUUAAAGUUCUAAGUUCGAAUCGCUACCAUGGUGGUGGUGCUAAACGGCGUAUUGGCGGACGAGUGCCCGACAUCAGUCCGCGCGCUGCUUGCCGCACACCCCGGCUACCGAGAUGCGGCUGCGCAGUUGCUCGCCGCCGCCCCACGGGUUGUGGGUCCUCAACAACUGCUCUACGUUGGACAACGCGAACUCGCCGCAGCUGCGCCACAUGACAAAAACAUUCACAUUAUCGGUUCAGAUGACGCCACGUCCUGUAUUAUAGUCAUUGUGAGGCAUGCAGGAUCAGGCGCCGUAGCUCUCGCGCAUCUAGACGGAUCAGGAACGGCGGAGGCGGCGGCGGCAAUGGUCGCGAGAGUACAGCAGUUGGCCGUAGGCUACCCGGAAGGAAGACUCGAGCUGCAGCUGGUCGGGGGUUUUCGGGAUCCCCAUAAUUACUCGGAUGAGCUAUUUGCUAAUAUUAUGCUGUCUUUCCAUCGACUGUCAGUAGAAAUUGACUUAACUCUGGCAUGUUCAUGCGAGUUAAAUACUGCGCUCGGCGGAGGUGCGCCCGCGCCUCUUGUCACAGGAGUCGGCGUGGACAUCAGAGCGGGGGAUUUGUUCCCCGCCACCUUCCCAGAUAAGGGGCCUGAACUACCUCUGAGGAGUGCUCGGACUAUCACAGGUGGACCACAUUCUGCUCAGGUGUUAGACAUCUACGAUAACGGCGUAGGCAUGCUACGCAUCGGGCCAUUCAACUAUGAUCCGCUACGCGGCGUAGACCUUUGGCUCGAGCAAUCCGAUGAUUUCAUACUACAGCAUCUUAGCACUACGCCUGCCGUAGAGCCUCCGCAUUUUGUGCAUAAUAUUCGAAUGACGCUUAAGUUCAUUCAGCAACACCCGUUCCCGGCUGUGACCGUGUUCCCGGACAACCGACCGCAUUACUACCGCCGUGAUGAGCAAUCCGGAUGCUGGGUACCCAUGCGCUUUUAAAGAUGACGUCGCCGUUCGCGCAGUAUGACGCGUUCAUUCACAUAUCGAAUGUUUUGCACGUAUUUUUUUUUUCAGAACCCUUCUUGAGGUGCCAUCUCCUACAGAGAUCGGCUAUCAUUAGGGCUAUCUGUAUUUUAGACACAGCUGCACGGAACAAAGAUCUUGUGCUCAGGUUGAACCAUGUCCGGAGAUUCUUAAGCCACGAAAGUAUGUCUUCUACCAGGUGGUCGCUGUCCCGGGAUUUUUCCUUACAUCAGAACCCUUACAAGGGCAUUAAUACUAAUGAUGGCAAUCUGAGGCGAAAACAUCAAUAAUUUGACGGCCUAAUGUACCAUCUUAAACCAUUACCGUAUUGGUAAUAGAGGGGCUGAAAUAUGUCAUUUUGAAGUCGAAUGUUGACAUGGUUAGGGGAAAGAAUGAGAAACAAUUUAUAUUUAUUGAGUAUAAGGGGUGCUAAUGGUACAUACAGUCACAUAUCAGAAAUUGAAGCGCAUAAUAGAAGUAACAUUCAAAUUGUAUUUUUGUGCAAAAAUUAUAUUAUUAUCCAUAUUGACGAAGGUUUACAUCAUGUCACAUUACAUCUGCCGUCCACUAACGAAAAUGCGGCUAAGGGACAAGUGGUCAAACAUCUGUUUUAAAUAGCAUAAAAUUAUAUGUUUAAAAACAGUUAAAGUUAGUUAACGUAUUCGACUUAUUGGAACUUAAACCAAAAUAUCGUUAAACAAUAUCAAUAUGCUAGUAACUGGGUUAUGGUUUCUUUAUGAUAUGUCAAAAAAUGGUGUUAUCAUAUAGCUGCCUGUUAGUUAGCAGACGACAGACAUGGUGAAUUAUUCUGAAAUGUAAUUAUAAAACGAUUGUUUAAUUGUGUUAAUGCACGUGACUGUACCACUAUAAAGGCUUACAUGUGAUGAUUGACUAAUCGAAGAAUAGGGAAUCUAUCUCAGUGCGCCUAUUUUUUUGAUGACAGUAGAGUCUGAAUCGUCAUAUAUUUUUACUUAUGAUGGUGAUAUCCAUUUAACAUUAUCAUACAACGGAAUAGGCACAGUAUAUUUACCCAAAUUUAGAUAAAACUCCAAAAUAAUACACAAUAGAUCUCUCUGAUUUCCCGAAAGUAUUACGAACGAAGGGCAAAUAAUCUAAAUAAAAAUUAUUUUAUACUAAUUAUAUUAAUACGAAGAUGGAACACAAAAGAGAAAUUCCUUCCAUGUGACAGGGCCUGUGACUGUGCCAAACCAAGGGCACCGCUCUACCAACUGAGCAGAUCGAGUCAGUUUUUUCGAUCGAGAAUUUCUCUGUGUUUAUUAUAGAUUCUUUGUAUUCGGUUUUUUCGGCUUUUAUCGCCUUAAGCACCUGUGAGAUGCUUAUGAAGCUUCUCAUUCAGCCGGUAACUUUACAGCUACCAUAGACUGACGUAGAUGUCGCUGUUUUAAUUGUAACCUUGUUGUAGAACUGUGUCCCGCGACAGAUGGGUGGAAUUUUUCUUGUGUUCAUUCUUUGUAAUAAUAAUUAUAUAAAAGUAGUGGAGUUUUUCCACACACAAAAAAAAAACAAUACUUCAAAACAAAAUAGUUCACUUACAUUUACAAAAUCUUUCUUUA